AUGGAUGAUGACAAAAUAUCAUUGAUAACCUUUACAGAAAGAGAAGGAUUUGAUAAAAAUCAAGAAUUAAAAAGUAAAUUAUAUCCAUAUUCAGAUGAAGGUCUUUCGUUACUUGAAUUAUGUUGUUAUCAUGGAUCUGUUGAUUGUUUUAAGUUUUUAAUAACAAAAUUUCAAUCAAUAAUCACUUCAGAAUGUCUUAUAUAUUCAUUUUUGGGUGGAAAUCCAAACAUUAUGAAUGAAUGCUUGAAAGUUAUAAUACCAGAUAAUCUAUGCAUGAAAUAUGCAAUUAUAUCACACAAUAUUGAUUUUGUCACGUUUUUGAUGAAUGAACACAACAUAAAAAUUAAUUUAGAAUUGUGCUCUCAAUACAAUAAUCUCCAAUCAUUUUUAGUUUAUUUGGACCAAACAAAUGAUAUCAACAAAUGUUUUGUUUAUUCUCCGAAUUUCCAUCUUUCAUCACUUUUAGAAUAUCUUAUUUCAAAUGGAGCAGAUAUCAAUGCUAAAAACAAAGAUGGAUGUACCUCUCUUCAUUAUGCAGCCAGGAAUAAUAACAAAGAAACAGCCGAAAUUCUUAUUUCAAAUGGAGCAGAUAUCAAUGCUAAAAACAAAGAUGGAUGUACCUCUCUUCAUUAUGCAGCCAGGUUAAAUAACAAAGAAACAGCCGAAAUUCUUAUUUCAAAUGGAGCAGAUAUCAAUGCUAAAAACAAAGAUGGAUGUACCUCUCUUCAUUAUGCAGCUAGGUAUAAUAGCAAAGAAACAGCCGAAAUUCUUAUUUCAAAUGGAGCAGAUAUUAAUGCUAAAGACGAAGAUGGAUGGACCUCUCUUCAUUAUGCAGCCAGGAAUAAUAACAAAGAAACAGCCGAAAUUCUUAUUUCAAAUGGAGCAGAUAUUAAUGCUAAAGACGAAGAUGGAUGGACCUCUCUUCAUUAUGCAGCCAGGAAUAAUAACAAAGAAACAGCCGAAAUUCUUAUUUCAAAUGGAGGAGGGGGGCACAAACUUGCCCAGUGA